GAGCUCCCCCGCGGCGGGGGCGUGGCCAGCCGGGGCGCGGGCCAGCCGGGGCGAGUCGGCGACCCCUUCAACUCCGACCCGGACGACCCGGAGGUCAUGGGCCCCGAGGUCCGCGAGCGGGUCCUCCAGGGGGACACCGGACUCCCCGUGACCACCGCCAAGAUCACCAUGGUCGACCUGCCCCUCGGCGCCACCGAGGACCGCGUCUGCGGCACCAUCGACAUCGAGAAGGCGCUCACCGAGGGCGUCAAGGCCUUCGAGCCGGGCCUGCUCGCCAAGGCCAACAGGGGGAUACUCUACGUAGACGAGGUCAAUCUGUUGGAUGACCAUCUCGUGGAUGUGCUGCCGGACUCUGCCGCGUCGGGGUGGAACACGGUGGAGAGGGAGGGUAUCUCCAUUUCCCACCCUGCCCGGUUCAUCCUCAUCGGCUCCGGUAACCCGGAGGAAGGGGAGCUCCGGCCGCAGCUGCUGGACAGGUUCGGGAUGCAUGCGCAGGUUGGUACCGUCAGGGACGCAGAGCUGAGGGUGAAAAUCGUGGAAGAGAGGGCUCGCUUUGACAGAGACCCGAAGGCGUUCCGUGACUCCUACAAAGAGGAGCAGGAGAAGCUCCAGGACCAGAUCUCAUCCGCUCGGUCUAACCUUGGUGCCGUGCAGAUCGACCAUGACCUCCGUGUCAAGAUAUCCAAGGUGUGCUCUGAGUUGAAUGUUGAUGGGCUCAGAGGUGAUAUUGUCACAAACAGGGCUGCCAAGGCGCUGGCCUCAUUGAAAGGAAGGGACAAGGUCACAGUGGAGGACAUUGCUACUGUCAUUCCAAACUGCUUGAGGCAUCGGCUCCGGAAGGAUCCCCUUGAAUCCAUUGACUCGGGUUUGCUUGUCAUUGAGAAGUUUUACGAAGUCUUUAGCUAGAUUAUCUUUGAGGUAAAUGUUCCUUAGUCACAAAUUCUGGCAGCAGGCUUCUGUCCUGCUGUAACAGUGUUAUCUGGAUAUCAAUUUUGUGCUUCUAGCAUCAUAAUGUAGAAUCCAUUCUGUUCCAUC